AUGACAUCCUACAUUAAUAGGGCACCCAUGAUGUUGAAAGACAAUAGAUCAAUGUAUAAACUAAAAUUGACACUGAUAUUGCAACACAUAUGCGUAGAACUUCAGCAUACAGUGAAAUUGGGAGUUUCGAAUGUAUAUGCUCUCAUGAGAUUAGACAUUUUAACCAAAUACAAGUUCACUACUUUUCAAAAUAAUGUAUGA